UCAUAUACCAAGUGGUGACCACGUCAGUUCAGUAUUUUUUGCAUUUUCAAACGUUUUUAAUCACGGUCUCAGGAUGUAUUCUAUUGGAAUUGAUAAAGUGAUUAGUGCAAUCAUUAAUUUUUUUUACUUUAUUGGACUCUGGCAUCGGGGAGCUACGGCUACCGCCAGAGAACGGAGAACGAAAUUACUUUAUUACAUUUGCAACUCCCUUUUUCUCGUAUCGUUGGUAGCUGGAGCGAUUACAAAUGAAGAAGUAGGCAAAAAAAUAUUUCUAGCGGAAGCAUCAAUCGUUGUCAUAGUUUUGAAUGUCAAAUUGGGUCUUUUGAUUUGGAAACAGAACCGCAUUGUUAAUUUGUUGAAUCGAGUUUGUAAUUUUACGGUUCGAUGCGACGAGGAUCUCGAAUUUUUCAACAGGACAAAAGGAGAAUUCAUAAAAUUCAUUAUUUCGUUUAUUGUCAUGGAGACCAUUGCCUGUUUUGAGGUGACACUUAUACCACUGGUUAGAAGUGAAAAAAAUCUGGUUAUAGAAAUAGGUUUUCCUUGGGAUUACAAAAGCAGUGAAAUUGCAUUCUGGACUGCGACCAUUUUUCUUUUACCAGCAACCGUUGUAACAUCGAUAGCAUCAUUUUUGUCCAUGAUAAUUUGGUAUUUACUGUUGUCUUGCUCAUUGAGAUACGAUAUAUUAGGAAGUGAAAUGAAGCGAAUGGGUCAAAAAAGCGAGCCGAUGAAGUUGUCUGAGAAGCAAAAGCACAACCUUUUUGAGCAACAUUUAAAGGAAUGUGUCGUUGUUCACCUACACACAAGGGAGUUGACUGAGGAGGUGGGGUCAUUUUUCGCAGAAAUAUUUCUCAUUCAAUUCGGUACUAGCGCUCUAUGUAUUUGCGGAUCAAUUUACUGUCUGGUAUUUGACGUCGGCGAUAGUUUAUUGGAACGUUGUGUGUACAGCAUACUGUUGUUUUACUGCAUUGCCGAUUUAUUUUUGAUUACAUACUUUGGUAAUGAGAUAAUGCUGUCAAGUAAUCGUCUCUCCUAUAGCUUGUUCGAGUCGGAGUGGACCGAGCAGCCACAAGCAACCAAACAGUGUAUAAUUAUUUUUGCGGAAUAUUUGAAGCAACCGCAUGAGCUUCUAGUUGGUAAAUUGUAUCCGUUAACUUUGGAGACAUUUAGUAAGAUUUUAAAUUCUGCCUACAGCAUGUUCAACAUUUUGAAAAGCGUUAAAGAAUGAAGAUAGGAUGAGUACCGGGUUGGCAACCAGACAACCACCAACAAUGACAAAAUUAUUGUCACACAGAUUCAAAG